CAGUCGAGUCGAAUCUACAUUUUUCGGGGGGGGGACGACGCGACGCUAGAGUGCCUUGACAACGCUUCGAGAAUAAAUAAUGCGGUAAUAAUGCCAGACUCGAAGACAUUUUAAAAUAUAAGGUACCAUUGAAAAAAUGUUUGAACGGUCUUCCUCCAGAAAUAAAAGGGCAAAGUCUUCGAUUCAUCGUAAAGAAGUGGAAGAUAGAAGCCGUCAUGGAAAGGGUGUCUAUUCAACAAUUCAAUUUCAAACUCGUUCGAUUGAGAGGGCUCUCGCUCCAAUUGCAGCACAGGUAUCUCAGCUUAUUAUCUUGAAUGAGACUGCAGAGAGGAAAGGUGGCAAGUUACCCAAUCUUAUUCCAUUCGCUCAGACUGUCCUGAGAGCUACAGAAGAACUUGUGCAGGUUGGGCACAAAAUGGCAAGAGAUACAGAUGAUGAGAAACUACAGCGAGAGAUGCCUGCGGUAUGUGACGCAAGCAUAGCUGCUGGUCGGAGCAUGUUGAUGGCAGUACAGCGCCUACAGGCAGAACCCCUAUCAGAGCCAGCAAGAGACAACAUGGUAACUGCUGCACGGAGACUGCUGGAGACUACAAUGAAGGUGCUCCUUAUAUCUGAUGAAGCAGAGGUAAAUCGAAUCCUAGAUACAUGUGAUUGGGUGUCAGAGGGACUACAAUAUAUCAGAGCUGUGGCAUCCAUGAAGGAAUUAGUGAUAACAUUCAAGGACUUUGCUGAAUCUGUUCUCAUACUCUGUGAUCUGUGUGACAAGAGACAACAGGAUCUCAAUGACCCUGAAAAGAAAGAAAGAAUAGUAACUGCUCUGUCGGGACUCAAGAGGGUGCUGCCCCUUCUCAAUUCAUCAAUGCAAAGUUAUGUCAAGUAUCCUGCCAAUGUACAAGCAAAGGCUAGUCGAGAUUACUCCUGCAACCAAGUAAAUGAAUGUGUUAAACAAAUCACUGAGGUUUUAACACAGGAUUCUAGCAGAGGGCUAAAUGCAGCUGCGUCAGACAGACCGGGGCAAUUUGCUCACAACAUGGAAAAGUUAGUGGAGCUACUUUCACCCAACAUGCGAUUGAAACUUGACAAAGGUUUUAAAGCUGUCUUAGAGCAGACAGUCCGACAUGGAAUGAGCGUUGCUGCUUCUUCUCGAGAACCUAUCCGAGACGAAAUUGUCUCCAUUUGCAAACAGAUACUACAACUCAGAUCAGAAAUAAUGAAGGACCUUGAGGCUUUGCGUGACAACCCCUCCUACAGCCAACUCAACUCGGAUUUCAAGAAAUCCUGCGAGCGAUUAGCCCAUGACCUGCUGACCUUGGAGAAUUUAGUGAAGAGCGCCCUCAUACAUCAGGUGGUAGAUGCUUUCACCGAGACGACGGAACCACUUGAUCGGCUAGUGAAAACAUCCACAGUGAGAUUAAAGGAGAAAGGUCCAUUGAAGGAGGCUAUCUGUACCAAGCUUCUACAGCCGUUGGAUGAUGCCUUUCAUGAUCAUUCAGACAGGAUUCUUCAGAUGGCUAGCUUUGUAGCAGCCAGCUGUGUGGAUAGCAAUCAGGGACAAGAAAUCCUUGCUCUUGUUAACAACAUGGAGCAGUUAGAUGCCGAUGUCUUCCCAUCAUGCCUUGCGGUACGGAAAGAUCUAACAAAUAAAGGAGCAGUUGAACAUCUCAAGUUGGUAAGGCGAGAGUGGCACAGUUCCCUACACCAACUGAUGGAUAUCAUAGACACUCUUUUAGAGACAAGAAGGUUCCUUGAAGUAUCAGAAUCCUGCCUUGAAAAGGAUGUUGAGGAGUGUCGUCAGGCCGGUCUGAUCAGCGAUGCACAGCUCCUCUCAGAGGCAGUUGGUAACAUCGUUGGACGUUGUAAGAGGGUUCUACAGGUUGCUAGGCAACACCAGGACAAGAAUGAGGAUGCGGUGUAUAGAAACGGUCUUCAGAUCUUCAUCUCUCAGCUCGAGAAUGCCCUCCCUCUGGUCAAGAAUGGUGGUCAUUACCUAGUGGGUAACAUCAAGAACAAAAGAGCGAUGACGGCCCUUUCAGAGCAUAACUAUCAUCUCCUUCAGUGUGUUCACAACCUGUACUCUGGAUUAGACAUUUCUAACCAUCCUGAUAUUCUUAGUCCUCUUAGAGGGCAGGUCAGAGGUCAUCAGGUCACAACCAGUCAAGAGUCAUUGGACUUUCUGAAAGGUCUUCCUGAUGAAUCCCCAACUCAAAGACUGCACCUGACACCCAAGUCCAGACAGCCACCCAGGGGCCACAGCCCUGAGGAUUACUUGAGCAAAUCAGUCAAGUAUCUAUCCCUCUUAGAUUCUACUCCAUCAUUCCAUCUCCCUUCGGAUGCUAUCUCUACUCCACAUGGUGCAUCAUCGAUACAGCCCAGACAUAGAGAUGCUGCUGGGAUUGGCAAUGGGAUUGCAGAUGAUCACCUAGUACCAUCUAGAAAGAUUACAAAAGAUAUGAUUCGUAGACUAGACAUGGCCUAUCCAAUGAAUGAACUGAUGAGGGCGUUGUUUACAAACCAACGUGAUCAGGUUGUCUUGCUGUGUCAGAAAACGAGGGAGAAAGUUGACCUGUACUGCCGUUUAGUGACAAGGAUGCGGAAUUUGAAACUUGAUGACCAGAAAUUCAGAUCGAUUGAUGCCAAGGUCAACGACCUCCAGAAGAUGACAGCUGACCUCAUCCACCAUUUUGAAUCAUCUCUCCAUGGCAACAGCAGUGACAAAGCAGAUGCUGUGAUCAGAGCAGAAAAAUGGAGUAGUCACAUGACCCAGGUGGCUGCAGAAUCAAGAGAGCUGAUUGGUUGGCAUGGGGAAUCAUGCAAUAUGGUGUCAAGGCAUGAUGGGAAUGAUCACAUGACAACAUUGCAGUCACAGAUUGAGCAGGUAAAUGCUGUGAAAACUGAUGUGAUGAGAUUGAUAAGUGUCACCGUGGGCUGGAAGGAAUCACUACAGGCUGCAGACGGGGGAGACACACCCACACAUGCCAUGCAUAUUCAACAGUUACAGAGCAAGGCUUCUGAUUGGUCCAGGGUGACCCAUGACCUACACUCUUUGGCCAAUGAGUGUUUAAUAAGCACAGAUGAUCGUGAACUUGCAGACAGAUUGGAGAGUCUCACCCUGAGCUGGUCCGUCAGCACUAUGGAACUACAAGUAACACUGGAUGAUGUCAUCAUGGGUCGAAGGUCAAGAGAGCUUGUUGGCAUAGCAACUGCAAUCAUGUCAGGUCAAGAAGAUCAGGUCAUGCUAGAGGUCAAAGGUCUGAAUGUGAGGUGUAAGAAGUUGAUGGAGCAAUCUAGAAAAGCUAUUACAAGUUGUGGUGAUACUGCUAAAGAGUUGGACCUUAACAAGACCUUGAAAGAAAUGGAGAAUUGUACGUCAUCGCUUGCAACGUCAGCCAUUUCCAUGGCAACCACUUUGAAGGGGCAGGGAUCAUCAGCAGAUGGCUUUAGGCUUCAGAGGAUAAAUUUACUGCAGAGAGAAUGGAUUGUUAAGACUCAGAUUGUGGAGUGCAUGCUAGAAGGUCUGAUCAUAGAGAUGUUGAUACCCCUAGAUAGACUGACAGGGACUGCCCUGGCUGCUAGACAAGCUAAAGGACCAUCAAGACAGCAGAUCAUGGAGGAGUUCCACGCUCAGUCUGAAGGGUUAUCUCAAGCUGUGACAAAGCUCAAGAAUGACUGUGCUGUGUUACUCCAAGGUGUCUUCAACCUACCAGAGAAGGCUACCAUCUUACAGAGCACUGAUGCAUUGUCAAAAAUAACACCGGGGGUUGUUGCUAAACUAAGGAUGAUGGCAGAUAAUUCUUCAAUGAGUUACAAUGAUGAACUGACAAGCCAGAAGAGAGAUUGGGCGUGUAAUGCCAAGGCCCUCAUCCAUGGCAUCAAUAAUCUUCCAGGAGUUGACUUUGCUUUGAAACAGGAGAUGAUUCGGUCUCUGCUCCAGGACCAUUCUCCACCGGCUUCAUCAGCAUCCUCGACCAUCAUGUACCCCAGCCCAGGAGGAGGCGUAGGGGGUACAUUCAACCCUCCUACUGUACCACAGCUUACCCCAGAACAGUGGAGAGUUCUCCAAUCAUUACCUCAGCAUGGCAUUCAGUUGAUCCAUACACCCCCUACUGCAGCUUCACCAUAUUUCCAUGGCAACUUCCAGCAUCAUGUGACUUCUGGUAUUUCAACACCCAAUCAAGCUGGGACAUCUCCAAGGCUCUUUGAACCUUAUUCAUCACCAAGACAACAAUCAGCGACACCUCAUGACCUUUCACCCGGUCGUCAACAAUCUCUACAUCAUAGUAACCUUGGUGGAAGAAGCAUCAAUGAUCAAGAAUCACCAACUAAGAAAGCAUCUCACUCAGAAGGAACACCAGGACCCUACAGAAGUCAGACACUUGGAAUAGAAAAUACCCCAAGAGCUCAGAAGCUGAAAUCUAUCAGUACAUCAAGCCUACAAUCAGCAAACAGUACGACAGCUGUCUCAGAUUGUGGAUCAGUGAAAUAUUCAAACUCCAUUACAGCAGCAGCUCUAGCAUUACAACAAGAGACAGAUCGAUGGGAGGGUGAUAAGAAUGAAAUCAUCAAAGUAGCAAGGACAAUGUCACAACAGAUGAGGAUACUAGCCAAGUUUGCUCGUAGACACUGCUGUAUGGAGGAUAAGGAAGAACUUAUUUCUACAGCUAAGGCUGUUGCUGCCAACGGUUUGAAGAUUGCCAAGUUUGCUGAUAUUAUUGCUAAGAACUGUACAGAUAAAAGGUUUGCCGAGGAGCUUCAAGACGAAGCGCAGCAUAUCCCCACCUUUAGCACCCAGCUUGAUAUCAUCGCUAGCGUGAAGGCAGCCACCCCGGAUGACCUGACUUCUAAUGCUGCUUUGGUUAAGAAUGCUGAAAACCUCAUGACUGCUAUUGUCAGGACAUUGAAAGCUGCUGAAGCUGCUUGUGUAAAGGGGCUAAAAUCUUUGGACAAUGAUGAUCCAAGUUGUGAGAAUGAAACAAGGGAAGCAAAGGCAUUGACUAUGCAGUGGAAGAGAAAGUUACAUCGUCAUCGACUUAUUGAGGCUUCUACUGAAGAUACUAACCAUCUAGGAUUAAGAAAGAUCAAGAAGAAUGUAUCAGCUCCCUCCCUGACUGAAAUUGUUAUGCCAUGAUGAUGGUAUAUGAUGGAGAAUGGUUGAAUAUAUUAUGUACUUGAAAGCAUUUUUUACAUCAAUAGUUCAAGUUAAACCCAAGGGCCCAUAUCCUGAAGUCAGGUUUAAAUUAAACCGUGAUUUAAAGUUGUGGUUUAACUAUGGAGAGCCAAUUGGAGCACAAAUCCUUAACAGUACACAUCCAAAUUAUUAACUCAUAUGACACCCAAAUUGUUCAUAAUUGUCUGGGAAUGAUAACUGAAGUAUUUUUCUUCAUUAUGAAAGCAAAAGGAAAGAAAAUAGUAAACAUAUGAAAUAUACAAUAUAAACAAAAUUUUUGAACUUUUGGCUUCCCAUAAGUUUAGCACAGAGUUAGACCAUGGUCUAAGUUAAACCCGACUUCAGAAUACAGGCCAAGGAAUAUAUAACUUUGUAUGGGUGUACAACUCUCAAGUAUUCUUGAAAUGUCAUUCAACUCACUUUGCCAAUUUAAGAUACACAGAAGUAAGUUCCCCUCUUGGGAACUUCAUCCUGACAAUAAGUUGGUGUUAAUAAAAGAAGAAAAAUAGAGAAAAAUAUUGGGAAGGUUUGAUGAAAAUCUAUCAAAGAAUAAGAGAGUUAUUUUUCUUUUAUUUCAUAUUUGUGAUGUCAUAUGUGAACAGCUUCCCCCAUAUAUCAAGUAAUGUAAAUUUCAUAUAUUCAUUUUAUUUUUGGGCAAUAUGAUGAAUACAGAUAUUUUUCUUCUCAAAGGGGGGUAUGAAAUGAUAUGGCUCAUCAUAUAUCCACCGCACAAAUAAAAUCAGUUUAAAUUUUUUUUAAUAUCUCUUUUAUUAUUUGACUUUGACUUUCAUCAAACCUUCUCCAAUAUUUUUCACUAUUUUUCUUCUUUUAUUAAGACCAACGUAUUUUCAUGGUGAACUUUCCCUUUAAUUUAAAUGAGAUGACAAGAUAUCGUUUAAACAUGUAUUGUCUGGCCAUUUUACUACAAUAGUUAUGAGAGUACACAUUGAAAUUUAGUACAAGAAGUGUUAAAAUUCACUUAAUAUGGUAUAAAUAUGUGUACUGUGAGCUUAGAAACAUUCCCAAAUACUUUUUUUGUUUUCAAAACUUUUUGUUGAAAAGUUCAUUAAGUUUCUAUGUAAGGGGGAACUCACUUUUAUACAAGAUGUCUUCCUAUUUGUCCCUAAAACUUGUUUAAAACUGAACUUACCAAAUGAGUAUCGAAAUUUUGCUGCGUUAAGAAUUUUUUUAAUUUAUACAUUCCUAUCUUCAAUUCAUGAAGAUUUCUUUGAUUCCUAUGUAAAUCAUCACCUUGAAGAGUUUAUGAAGCUGCAUCUCUUGUUUUAUGAAAUAUAGAUUAUACAAAUCCUCUAUGUUGAUUCUAAGAACACUGUCUGGGCUCAUCUUACAAACAGUUCUGAUUGAUCAAAUCAGUCACAUCUAUGGAAAGCUGGCAACACCACUAUCUAGAAGACAUACUUCAGUUCAAAAUAUUUUCUUAAUAUGAUGUAUAUUCAUGCAUGCAUCAUUUUCUUGACAAGUCACUGUGCUCCUUUUGUCUCCAAAGAGACAUGUUGUACAUUUCCUAUAUGAAGAAUUAUGGCUUUAAUGGAUUUCUAUACUUAAGCUUGAUCAGUUCAAUCACAAUUAUUGACAAAAGAAUUGCCUUGAUUAGAUUGAGGGUAUUUUCAAGCUUUAUGUUGUCUUGCCUUCACAUGAUGUAUUAACGAUGAGAGGCACAAUGACUGGGCAAUAUCUGGUUGUUAAAAUUGGAAAGUUCUUAUGCAACAAUCAUGGCUCAAAUCGUAGUCACUUCUUGCUUCCUGCUUAUUGUAUGGGAAUAGCCAAGUACAUUUUGAUUCCUUUCAUAGGUUAAAAUUAUCCAUUUAUGAAAGCUACAAUCGCAAAACACUAGUUGAAGGAACCUACCAUUCUUUUAUUUAGGGGUUUGUCUGAUGAUUGCUUGAUGAUUUUGUUCAUCCACUUGAUAUCCUAGCUUUGGCUCAGGACUGUGUGUACAUAGAAACUGACAAUCAUGCCAAAAAAGUAAUUUGAUACAUUAAUAUUCUUGAUUUGAUACAUGUAUAUAGUUGAUAAUGAUAUAUAAUAAUAUUAAGCAGUGCAUAUUAUUAUCCCCAGCUUUUGUACAGCUGUCCUGAUCAUGGGUUUGAGCAUUCAAUAAUGAGAAUGAUACCUUGAAUUUGUAAUUUUGUUACAGUAGAGUAGAGUUAUGUAGAGUAUUAUGAAUAUAAAAUCCAAAUUUAUACCAAAGUUGGCUGUCAAUCCAGUAUUUGAUAUUUGAUUCCAUUCCAGAAAGUUGUACAUAUAUUAUGAAUUUGUGCCAUUUAUGAUAUAUUAUGUCAAUUAAGAGAAUUGAAACCACUAUGUCUUUCAUUUACACAUAUCGUUGGCGUUCAUCCGAACUGUCGUAUCAGUCAAUUUUGGUCCAAAAAUUGAUUUUGAGAUUUUUGCAGAAAGUCCUAUUCUGUGCAUAACUAAGUUUCUAGGCAGCAAUUUAUUGUAGUUUCUGAGAUAUGUGGGGAUUUUCACGGUGAUACCAUACAAAUUGUUGAUAAAAUGCACAAAUCCCAUAGGAAACUUGAGUGUAGCAAAGCAAACAACAGCAGCGUGCUCUUAAUAUGCAAAUGCGCUGUCAGUCAAACCGUCAUAUCGGCACUGCAUUGACGUUGACUGACUGCGCGCAUUGAAAUCGCGACCAGGGUUGUUGUAUCGCCUACAGUUUUUUUGUACAGGGGAAAUCUAAACCGCUCAAACCAAAAUUACAAACAUGUAGCUGUUUUGCGAUAUUUACUCUGAUCCUUGGUUUUGUGUAAAAAUAAAGUUAUUAAUGUCAAGCAAAUGUCUUGGUCUUUCCAACCGUGUACUAUUCUAGCAAUGAAUAUGUUGUAAGGCAGGGAUACUAAGUGUGAAAAUUACAGUAAACUUUGAAGUCGAUUUUCUCUGAAAUAGGUUUGCAUUGUCGUAUGUGUAAUACGACGGUUCAGAUGACCGCCAACAAUAACUUAUGAAUGACUACAAUCGUACCGUUUGUUUUGAAUUCAAAUUGCCUCAUAUAUUGUUUUCAUGCUGAUGGACUUGGAAAAAAUAACAAGAAAAGUGAUUAAAAGUACCCUUUUUUGUUAUUUGUUUCCAUGUUAAUAAUUUGUUCCUUUGAAAAGCUUAUGAUUUAUAAGAAUUACAAAUAUUGGACUAUAUUCUAAAGAUUUGUGAAAUCUUCCAUCUCAAUUUAUUGUAUGUUUGUGUUAUAUAGAACUCAUGCUUCCUUGAAAUUAUCUUGUGUGCAUCCAUUUUCAUUGUUCAUACCCUUAUGUAUAUUCAGUUAUAUUAUGUUUUCAUUCUCCCUUCAUAAUUUGAUGUGUUUUCAUUGAUCCUCUUAAUCUGAAAUGGUUGUUCUUCCUGUGUAUCCCGUAACAGCUUUUGUGGCAUUUUCACAACUUCAAUAUCAGUGAGAAAUCUUGGAUGUGAAUAGCUAUCUUUGGAAUACAAAUCAAAAACGAAUAUUAGCUGUACAGGGAAAAUAUCAAUGGUCAUGAUUUUAUGAAUAUAUUCAAGCAAAAUGUUUUUCACUGAAACAUUAUACCCCAAACUCAUUGGUGCUUACUUAAAAGUUAUUAUUUACCUGAUUGAAAGGAUAAGUCUCUCAAAGAAAUACAAUGAAUUAUGAACCAUUUGGGAAUUAUCAUUUUUUUCCAUUAUCUUUUGUUGUUUGUUUCCAUACAGUGUCAGGUUUGUUUUCAUUUAUAAAGGGCUAUCAUGUCAUCCAAGUAUGUUACAAUUGCUGAAUUAUGUUUUCUAUAUGUCAUGUAUGUAUGUCAUUAUGUCUGCUGUGAUACAAAUGUAAUAUAAUAAAACCUUUAAAAGUGAUUUUUCUAAUUGAA